AAACAAAGAAAGAACUGUUUGCAACCAUCGCCGUCGGAUCUUUAUUUCCGAUAUAAAGCUUUUAAAGGCAAAGAGAUAAAUAUGGGAGCUUUGGACGGGACGUCCAUUUCGCCCUCCUUUUCUCUGUCGGCUCUGCUAAAGACGAACAAUGCUUACGUGUUUUGCAUCUUUGGGUUCGAUGCUUCUGCCUCAAUCUCCUCUCACCGGAUCUAAUUUCAUUUGGCCGGUUUUGAUGGCAGAAAUCCGUGACUUCUAGCGGCUUUCUUGCCACCGGAGUCGGUUCUCUUUUGGUCCCUGAGUUUCGCGGAUUCUGUCUCAGAUCGCUUCUGAACUAAGCUCUCCACUGUUUGACUUCGAUUUAUGGAGUAUCCUUCCUCUAAAGUGUAGAGGUCGAGUUUUGUUAUUGUGUUGAUCUUCGCUGCAGAAGUCGAGGUGGUUUUGGAAGACGGUAGAGACGUGAAGAGGAGGAUGACAGAAAGUAGUACCGGUAACAGUGCUAGUGAAGCAGCGGUGGAUACAGUGUUUGAGUGUGUGGUAAAUUACAUAAAGGACCCGCAUGACCUCGGCGCGGUGUCGCUGGUUUGCAGGAGGUGGUACGAGAUCGAAGCGGCGGCGCGGAAGCACGUGAAAAUCUCUCUAUGCUACGCGGCGACGCCGGAGAUGCUCCGCCGGAGGUUCCCUAAUCUGGAGUCGCUAAAGCUAAAGGGGAAGCCGCGGGCCGCAAUGUUCAAUCUGAUACCCGAGAAUUGGGGAGGAUAUGUGGCUCCCUGGGUGGACGAGAUUGCGGCGUCGUUUAGUUCCUUAAAGGCCCUUCAUUUUCGCCGAAUGAUCAUCGCGGACCCCGAUCUUCGGUUGCUUGCCCAAUCGCGUGGCUCUGCUCUAGUCUCACUCAAGCUUGAUAAAUGCUCGGGCUUUUCUACUGAUGGCCUUCUUCAUAUCGCCCGCGCUUCCAAGAAUUUAAGAACCUUGUUUCUGGAAGAGAGUACUAUCACUGAGAAAGAUGGAGAAUGGCUACACGAGCUUGCUUUGAACAACACUGUUCUUGAAACUUUAAACUUUUACAUGACAUAUCUUACCAAAGUCAGAUUUCAAGACCUUGAACUCAUAGCCAGAAACUGUCACUCUCUAGUCUCAGUGAAAAUUAGUGAGUUUGAACUACUGGAUCUCGUUGGUUUUUUUCGUGCUGCAGCAGCAUUAGAAGAAUUUAGUGGGGGAUCAUUCAGCGAGCAACCAGAAAUGUACUCUUCUAUUUCAUUUUCCCCAAAGUUACGUUGCUUGGGUCUGACAUACAUGGGCCGGAAUGAAAUGCCUCUUGUGUUUCCUUCCGCAUUUAGACUGAGAAGAUUGGAUCUCCUGUAUGCACUUCUAGACACAGAUGACCACUGUAUCUUAUUUGAACGGUGCCCAAACUUGGAAGUCCUUGAGACUAGAAAUGUUAUUGGGGACAGAGGAUUGGAGGUUCUUGCUGUGUGUUGCAAAAGAUUGAGGAGGCUUCGUAUUGAGCGUGGUGCUGAUGAACAACGGUUGCAGGAUGAAGGAGGAGGAGUUUCGCAUAGAGGAUUAAUUGCUUUGGCGCAUGGCUGCGCAGAACUGGCAUACCUGGCUGUGUAUGUGUCUGAUAUUGACAAUGCAUCUUUGGAAUGUAUAGGUACAUACUUGAAGAAACUGACUGACUUUCGCCUGGUCUUGCUUGAUCGGGAAGAAAGAGUCACAGACUUGCCACUUGACAAUGGCGUUCGAGCCCUACUACAGGGUUGCCAUAAGCUAAGAAGGUUUGGCUUGUAUCUUCGACCAAGGGCCCUUACUGAUCAGGGACUGGGUUAUAUAGGGCAAUACAGCCAAAACGUGAGAUGGAUGCUUCUAGGCUAUGUGGGGGAAUCUGAUGCAGGACUCCUGGCUCUGUCCAGGGGCUGCCCUAGCCUGCAGAAACUGGAAAUAAGGUGUUGCUGCUUCAGUGAACGUGCUCUAGCACUAGCAGUUUUGCAGCUAACUUCUCUUAGGUACUUCUGGGUACAAGGGUAUCUAGAAUCGGAAACCGGCCUAGAUAAUAUUCUAGCCAUGAAUCGUCCCUUCUGGAAUAUUGAGCUAAUCCCAGCCAGAGAGGAAGUUUUUACUGAUCAUUUUGGAGAUCAAGUACUUGUCAUUGUGCAUCCUUCACACAUACUCUCAUAUUACUCCCUUGCUGGGCAAAGGACGGAUCAUCAAGGGACCGUUGUACUUAUGGAAGAAGCCCUCCUUUAUAAUAAUUCUUAGAUCUGUGUGUGGGUAUGUGUGCGUAUUCUAUCUAUAAGCAAGUGUCGACUGUUGUUUGGUUAUUCUGUUAAAAGCGCGUGGUUACAGCUUCCUGUAUCUUUUCCUCUUGGCAAGGGGGUUUUCGUUUUUAUUCGCCUGUAAUGAACCAUGCUUAAUUUUGUCCUGUAAUUUGAACUACUUUUGAGAUUUAACAGGGCUGCAUGCCCUCUCAAAUCGAGUGUAUUCUGAAAAUAUUGAAAUAAUUUAUAGUGCCGGGCAAA